AUGAAUAGGGGACUAAGUGAGGAAGGUGAUGAUGUUGUAGAAGAUUUUGCUCGACAACUUGAAGCAGUAUGUCUGAAUUCUCAGAAAGAGAAUAAGAAACUGGAUAAAAUGGACAUUCAGUUUAUGGAUGAAAGUGAUGACGACAUGGAUGCACAAUUUGGCUAUGAACAGAUUCCUCAAGAUGAGGAAGGUUAUGGUCAAUUGGAAUCAGACGAUGACCAAGACGAUGACCAACACCACAAUCGAGACCAAGAGGACACAAUUGAAAGUAUAGAAAAUGAAUUAGCGCAAGUAAAAGCACCGACCCUUGUGCUCGAUGCAUCAGAACAAGUACCAAAGGACACCCUGGCACUGAUCAAAUCUAUUAUGGGAAAUAUUGCACUAUCGGAGAAGGCAACACCAGAUUGGGCUAAAUCGAUACCCGAGUCUGCAUGGCUUCCUCAGAUCAACGGUGGCGAUCAAAAUGAUGCUUGAUUUCAUUGGCGUAUAUGACUAUCACCUGUAUUAAUUAUUUUAAUAAAUACAAUAAGAGAUUCCGAUU